AUGACGCUCUGCGCUUCUGUUUGCCGACUUACUCGAAGAUUAAUGUUGCCAAGAAAGCAUUCUGUUUUGCUGUCCUCGUUGAAUUCGAAAAGUUGCAUCCUCCGGUCUUACUCAUUGCACGCGUCCGCCCACGAGCUGGAGCAAGAUGUGGCAGAGUAUUUCACAGCCUACAAGGAUCACCUUGCAAAAGCUCAUAGACACCGGCAACUAGCCCAGUGGGAAGAGGUUCUCAGAGAGCUGGAGCACGCGGAAAAAUAUUGUCUUACUGAAGCCUUUCCUGGGGCAGAUCGUUACAAACAGAAGGUUUUGGGGGAACUGGGGGCUGUGGAUCGCCGUUUGGGUAGAUUUCCUGCCGCGUUGCAGCGUCUUACAAGAGCCCUCACAAUCACUGAUACGGACGAGCUGCAACGACUUGAGAUAGUCGGCGAGUUGGCUGUAGUCUACCAACAUAUUGGCGACUAUGCGAGCGCUAAAGAAUCAUGUCUCAAGCAGUAUACUAAGGCUAAGGAGCUCGCCGUGCUGGAAUGGGCCAAAUUCGCUAGCACUUCCGAAUUUGUGGGCAGAGCCAAACACAGACGCCGUGCCUUCCAAGCUGAGGCCGAAGCCUGUCGCGCGAUAGGAAAUCUCGGUCGGACCAACCAUCGACUAUCACAAGAUCACAACGACGGAUAUCUAUUGAAAGAGGCUGUGUCUCAACUGAAAGAGCGCGUGCAGAGGGCACAGAAGCUGCAAAAGGAUCUGCAGAUGGAACAAACUUCUUCAACACUGAUGGAACUGAUCACGACAGCUAGAUGUUGGGAGUCGAUUGGCCACAAUCGCUUGGCACUUGUAUAUGCUGCCAAUGGGAAUCCAGGUGAGGCUGUGAAAUACGGUGAACUAUCGCAGCAUGUGACACAGGGUCUGGAUGAUCCAACCAUGAGAGCUCUAUCGCGAUUCUUUUACGCUUAUGCAUUGCUGCACAACAACGAGGUCGAGCAGGCAAGGGAGCUUUUCAGCUUUACUAGCGCUCGAGAUAUGUGUACAUGUGCGAUCGCACUGUGCAAGGAACCUUCAGCCGAGUUCUGCCAGUAUCUCCGAGUCAUAACCGAUUUGGAUGUCAGUCUGGACAACUAUGACGAGCAAGGCUAUAGUGCGCUAGAUUAUGCAGUAUAUAAUGGGUCUCGAGAGAUGAAAGAUAUAAUUUUAGGAAGCCUCGCAAGACAUCACGGCCCUAAGAAUUUCAAGCUGUUCAAGCAUGAGGCAAAACUCAAAAGACAUUAUCGGGAGGUCUUCCAGGGAUAUUUACGUCCGAUCCUUUUGCAUGGUGGAUUUGACUCUUUCCAAGCAAUGCGGCGUGGCUAUGCUGACUUACUCCACGUUGAUAAAGCGAAACGAGGCAGCUUUGACGAGCUUAGAAUGGUUCGUUAUUCCGACUUUGUCAAGCAUGGAAGACUUCCCUCGUUCAGAGAUGGUAUUACUCGCACAUUCUCGGAUGUUCGUGCGGAUGAGGAUGAUCGGACCUCCAAAGACUUUGUCAUCUUCUUUUCAUACCGAUGGCAAAAGAAGCAAAGAAACUCGACUACCAUCAAUCCAGAUGAUCUUGAGCACACUCAAUAUAGGAGGAUGUGUCAAGCUCUGGAAGAAUUUCUCAGUCUGGAGUUACCCCAAGGCAAUGUGAGCAAAGAAAACUUAUAUAUCUGGCUGGACCUUGCUUGCAUCGAUCAAAGUAAUAAGGACCCUGGUGUCAAUGCGCUUCCCAUAAUUGCCGCACAGUGCAACGCGAUGAUUAGUUUAGUGGAAGAUGGCUUCUUUGAGCGAGGUUGGUGCAAUGUCGAAGCGGCUCUGGUCCAGGCCUUGAUGCGCUCGUACGGUAAGCAUAGUUGGUAUGAGCAUCAUCUGCUGAACCCAGGAACAGAUCGCGUAGUGGGUGUGCUGAAGUCUAUCGACCGGGAAAUUGAACACGACACUUCCAAGUUGAAGGUCACAUUCGAGUCAGACAGGCCAAAGAUUGAAUUUCUUCUAAGGCAGAGCAGGCUCCUGGGACAUGUAGCUUGA